GUACGUUUGCAAAAGCUGUCCCCUUUCCACCACCGUCUGCUUUCGUCAAGCGACAUUUUUACGAAAACUUAAAUAAAAGCGUUGAAAAUGCCGUGCGGCAAAAACUUUCGGAGGAGAAGGGACUCAUCAGAUGUGGAGGAAGAUGAGACAACUGAAGCAGUCAGAUCAAAAUUAGAAGAGGCUAAAGAGCUUCAGAGUUUGCGGAAACGACAGACCGGAGUCAGUGUGGCCGCCCUGUUGGUGGGAGAUAUGCUGCCGCCAGAUGCUGAAGUUGAUAAUGACCCCUUUAAACUGAAGACUGGAGGGGUUGUGGACAUGAAGAAAAUCAAAGACAGGAAUAGGGACAUGACAGAAGACGAGACCGACCUCAACCUGGGAACAUCCUUCUCUGCAGAAACAAACCGAAGAGAUGAGGAUGCGGAUAUGAUGAAAUAUAUUGAGACAGAGCUGAAAAAAAAGAAGGGGCUGGUUGAAGCUGAGGAACAGAAAGUUAAGGCGAAAAAUGCAGAGGAUCACCUGUAUGAGCUGCCAGAGAACAUCCGAGUCAACUCUGCUAAGAAAACAGAGGAGAUGUUAUCCAACCAGAUGCUGAGUGGUAUCCCUGAAGUCGACCUUGGCAUUGAUGCAAAGAUCAAGAACAUUAUCUUCACAGAAGAAGCAAAGGCUAAGCUUCUUGCAGAACAAAGGAACAAGAAAAAAGACAACGGGACAUCUUUUGUACCCACAAACAUUGCCGUCAACUACGUCCAACACAACCGCUUUUAUCAUGAGGAUGUGAAUGCACCACAGAGGCACCACAGACACAGAGAGGAGCCCAAAGCGAGGCCGCUGCGUGUGGGAGACACUGAGAAACCAGGACCAGAGACAUCGUCACCACCGAACUACCGCAAACGUCCAAACAAUGAGAAGGCCACAGAUGACUACCACUACGAGAAGUUCAAGAAGAUGAAUCGGCGAUAUUAAGAGGCUGGAUGUUUUUGUUUUUAUUAAUUUCUCAACUUGAUGUCUUUUUUUUUAUUAACAUUUGAGCGUCCAAAUGAGCUAUGACAAAUUUGCAGACAAGAUUUGUCUGACGACUAUUGACAAAAGAACUCCCAAGACAGUUUUGGACUUAUACAUUUCAUUUGCUUUGUCGUGGCUUAUGUAAAAGGCAAAUCGGGCUAAGGAAUGUCAGAUUGCAAAUUUGACCACUUUCUGUAAUACUACUCUAAAUAAGGAACAUUAACUUUUUAUUUUGAGGUUUCAUCUUGAUGUUUUGUUGUAGAUGAUUAUUUUAAGAGUUUUCAGGAACAGGUCAAAUUAAAAACAUAAAAACCA